GACCCCCGCCGGAUACCUUCCCUGACUCCCCUGCCCCAUGCGUGCAGGGGACUCCACGCGGGCCUCCGGCUGGGGGCCGGGGGCUCCCACGCUAGCCUCUGUGAGGCAUUCUAUAGCGGCAUUCCAUAGAGUUCUGCACGUGGUGGAUGGCCCAGUGGGUGGAUGAGCGACCGUCUUGUAACGUGGUCUUGGAGGGGAUUCUGCAAAAGCUUUCGGAGCCGGGUGUAUUUUGGUCACCGCAAGAAAAAUCACCGCUUUUUGGUGCUUGCCCCAGAGGCCAUGGACCUUGCUCCAGGAACUGAAAAUGCAGCCUCCUUCUGUUUUUAGCAGCUUGCCUCGAACGGGGGGUGGGGGGCGGGGGAGCCUUAAUUUGUGGCGACCCUGAGGGAAGUGUCGCAUCCAAAUCUGGCCGACAGGCUGUUUCUUCUGCUGUCUCCCUCAGCGCCUCCCGCUCCCCGCCCCCCUGCUGCCUGAGCAGCCAGGCUGUCCCAGGAGAACUGUUGCCCACGGCUGUGCCCCCGCAGGUUAGGGUUUCAGCCGCCUUCCGAUGCAAAUGGCUGGCAGUCUCCCUGCCCGAUUCCGAAUGCUUGGGGAAGAGAAAUGAUGGGCACACUGGCGUCAGGUGUCCACCCAGUCUAAUCACAGGGCCAGGUGGCUAGAGGCCGGACAGCAGCUCUAGGGGUGGGGAGCUUUGUGGGCUGGGCAGACCCCACCAGGUAUCUAUGAUCUCUGUUUAAAAUGAUCAUGUGUCCACCCAACAUAGUCUGAAUGAGCUGUGCCCACCUCGAGACUUGUUCAAUUGGAAUUAUUUGUAUAGCAGUGAGAGGUGCUGAGGGACAUAAAAAUAGAAGGCAAGCUUCCUGCUUUUCCAGAAUUAAUUAUGUACUUGAAAAACAAGGAGCAUCUCCAGAAGGGGUACCCUGGGGUCUUUUCUCAUUUUCUGCCAGUCCUUCAAACCCUCCAGCCACCAACUCUUUCCUGGACAGCAGAGUGCACAGUUGCUCAGUUACACACAGCGUGAAGAGUGCCCGGGCGCUGCGGGAGCUGCGGAGAAAGUGGCUGCGAGCCGCUGGCCUGGGCACCUGCGCUGCGCUAGCCGCUCUCCUGCUCUGGGGCAUCCUGGGGGCCGAUGACGGCGUCACCGAGGUCCUGGCUCACCGCGGCGAGGUCCUGCCCGGCAGGUUCAUCGAGGUGCCCUGCUCCGAGGACUAUGACAGUCACCGAAGGUUUGAAGGCUGCUCCCCUACCAAGUGUGGCCGGGGUGUCACCGACGCUGUCAUCAGCAGGGACGAAGCCCGGCGCAUCCGCAGCAUAGCGGAGAAGGGGCUCUCCUUGGGAGGAUCCGAUGGAGGGGCGUCCAUCCUGGACUUGCACUCCGGGGCCCUGUCUGUCGGGAAGCACUUCGUGAACCUGUACAGGUACUUUGGGGAUAAAAUAGAAAACAUCUUCUCAGAAGAGGACUUCCAGCUGUGCAGAGACGUGCGGCAGAAGGUGCAGCUCGCAGUGGCCCAGGCCUUUGGCGUCAGUGCGUCCUCGCUGCACCUGACGAAGCCCACGUUCUUUUCCCGCAUCAACAGCACGGAGGCCCGGACGGCUCACGACGAGUACUGGCACGCACACGUGGACAAGGUGACUUACGGCUCCUUCGACUACACCUCGCUGCUGUACCUGUCCGACUACCUGGACGACUUCGGCGGGGGGCGGUUCGUGUUCGUGGAGGAGGGGGCCAACACGACGGUGGAGCCCCGGGCAGGCCGGGUGUCCUUCUUCACCUCGGGGUCCGAGAACCUGCACCGGGUGGAGAAGGUCCACUGGGGCACCCGCUACGCCAUCACCAUCGCCUUCACCUGCAACCCCGACCUGGGCAUCGCAGACCCCGCCCUCACGUAGGCCACGGAUCGACCGGCCGGAAGUAGCCACAUCCAGCAGGUCACUGAACAAGGUGCCUUAGGAGUCACUGGGGUCGGAUUUGCUCAUGUUCCGAUGCUUUUCCAUCUGUGAGUAAAUCCAGGGAACCAGC